GUUGAUUCUAGUCUAAAUAGAUGGCGUAGCUAAUAGGUGGAGAAGUAAAGGUGAGGUAGUGGUAAAACUUGUAACCUUAAAAAAAAUUAUUUGUUGAUGUAUUGAUUUCUCUAUGUGGGCAAUAGGAAAUUAACUAAUUAGAUUUACUGGAGUUUCAAAUUAAUUACUGAAUGUGUUUUCGACUGUGACUUACACAUUUUGAAACUGCUCACCAGCACAAUGUCUGAAGAGCUGAGAAAACGACAUGGUAACGUUUCGGAAUCGGAAAAUGCAGAACGAAACUUUGAUGGCGGCGACACAAGUAGCAGUAAAGAAAAUCUGCAAACAAACCUGAGAGAUAGCGAGAUCGACAGUGAAGAUGACAAAUUCGGCAGAAAGGACAGCAUGGACUUAUCACACAAUAUUCCUUCAGGAACGGAUAAGGCUCCAUCCGUUUUGGAUUCCCUUCUUCAGGAUUUGCCUGACAAGUGGAGGAAUUGGGUGGUUAGGGGAGUUUUUAGUGUUCUGAUGCUCACAUUCUUCUUAGUCGUAAUAUAUGGAGGACCAUUAGCGCUCAUGAUUACAACACUUGUGGUUCAAGUGAAGUGUUUCCAAGAAAUCAUCAAUAUAGGCUACAUUGUCUACCGAAUUCACGGUCUUCCUUGGUUCAGAUCGUUGUCAUGGUACUUUCUGAUUACCUCGAAUUACUUUUUCUAUGGUGAAAGCCUCGUCGAUUACUUUGGAGUCCUCAUAAAUAGAACGGUAAGUUUCUGCAUUUGUGCAUAUGUGAUGUGUCAAUACCCCUAUUUCGUAUGCCCCAUCGAGUACAGUGAGACCUUGGGAAGGAUGUCCAUGGACUGCGAACCCAGUCCCAUCUUCCGACCAGCAGACUAUGAAUUGCCAAGUUUCCUCAGCGGGUUCUUGAGCAUGUUUGGUCUUUCUACUAGUGUGUCCAUAUAUCCGUUUGUUCUCCAUUCCUUGCCACUGUCUGUUUUUAGCAGCGUUAUUGGACCUUUCGGUGGAUUCUUUGCUUCUGGCUUCAAAAGAGCUUUCAAAAUAAAGGAUUUUGGCGACGUUAUUCCCGGACAUGGAGGUGUGAUGGACCGUUUUGACUGUCAGUUCUUGAUGGCUACUUUCGUUAACGUCUACAUAACCAGUUUCAUCAAAUUAGAAAGCCCCCAAAAACUCCUAUCGGAGGUGCUCUUCCUGGAGCCCGAUCAGCAGUUACAACUUUUCUAUAAGUUGAAGGAACACCUAGAAAGUACUAACGUCUUGGUACCUGUUGAAUAAUUUUUUUAUACAGUGAUGUAUUUCAUAUUUUUAUGAAUUUUAAUAUAUUUAUUUAUUUAUUCGUGCCAUUAACGUUUUAUGUUAAUAGUUUGCAAUAGAAAUGUUUAAUUUUCGUUGAAUAUUCUCAGAGUUAUCGAUCUUGUUUAUACGUGUUUAAACUUGUACGUACUUGAUGCGUUAGAAAUCUGUUAGAUAAAUGUACGUUUCCUGCCGCCUGCAGGGGACUAGGAAACUUUUCUACGGGGUUUUUUGCUUCUAGUGAAAAAGUAGUUUGUUUUCAAGUUCCCAGCAACCUGGCUCUUACAGUAUAGUUGAAUGUACCUCCUUGUUGUCUUUAAAUAGAUUAAUCGUUUAGGUUAGUGAGGUGAGACCAUUGAUGGACUAUGGAAUACGCGAUAAGGAAAUUUUUUGAACGUAUCUCGUAAAAGUCAACACUUUCCGGGUUGACCGCAUCACUUUUUUUCACAAAAACAUCUUUCUGUCUUCAUGCUGAUCGGGGGACGAAUAAUUUUUUUUUCAUUUUUCUGUUUUGGUUUAAUUUCGAUACAUAAUCGUAAUGUAUAUGCUAUCAUUAAUUUUGGCAUUAUUCAGCGUUUUCCUAGAAGCUCGGAGUUGCAAGUAUCCCUAAAAUGAAUUCACACAAAACCGUGUCGAGACUGAGUCCUAAUUGAGUGCCCCUUCCGAAGUAGGAUAUGUAAGUGAAGCAUGUAAUUUUUUGUAAAUCAUGUUAUGUAUACAGGGUGGGUCAUGAAUGUGAGAAAGUCAAGCUCUCAUUGAAGGAGCUUGUGCAGGAUAUUUCGGAAUUUUUCCAGACUAUUGGUAUUGAGAAAUUAUAAUAGUAACGAUUCAUUUCACCAAGAUACAUACAUGUAAGGCAAAACAAUAAUUACAUAACUGAGUACGAACAGAGCAACAAAAGAAAGUGCAUCAAAACUGAAGAAAAAAAAAGAUUGAAUAUACAACAUUGUACACAUGUACAUCUGUCAGAUAGUAUAUUUAUACACACACAUGUCCACAUAUACAUACAGUUUUAAAGCAAUAAAUAUUUUUUCGAAUUAA